UUUUUUUCAAUUGCUCUUUGAUAGCUUUGUGACUUUAUUCUUUCUGCAAUGGCUCAAAGCUACGCUGCGGUAGCUAGUACAGAUCCUGAAGCGGCGAGGGCGGCGAGGGCUCAAGCCCAAGAACAAGACAAUUCUACUGUCAACCGUGUUCGUCAUUGGUUUCGUCGUCAAUGGGGAGGUCAAACGGAGUAUGCACCGCUUAUCGAUCGUGAACGAGGCACAUUAGAACCUCCUCGCAAAACCAAAUUUAAGAUUAUUACAACCACUGUCCUAUUGGUCAUUGCCGUCAUUGUGCUCGGCAUUACGUUCGGCUUCUGGUUGAACGACAGUGACAAAAACCCCAGAUACACCCCCAAGGAUUACGCUCAGAAAUUCAUCCUGGAGAAUGCUUCCAAGGAAACCGUUCGUGAUUAUCUCAAGACUUACACUUCGCAGGCCCACUUGGCGGGCACCGAAAAUGAUAAACGCUCGGCGGAAUGGACCAGGGACCAAUUCAACGAAUUCGGACUUAAUGCCACCAUUGAAACUUACUGGCCCAUGCUCAACUAUCCCCUCAAGCGUCGCUUAGCUCUCGUUUCCGGACCCGAGGAGUUGCGUUAUGAGGCGUCACUCCGAGAGGACGUGGUUGAUGAAGAUGAAACCAGCCAUAAUCCUGACGUUAUCCCUACCUUCCACGGCUAUUCCAAGAAUGGCACGGCAGUGGGACCGGUUGUAUAUGCCAAUUACGGUCGUCUCGAAGAUUUUCAGUACCUUGCCGAUCAAGGUAUUGAGCUCAAGGGCACCAUUGCUUUGAUGCGUUACGGCGGUUCGUUCCGUGGUUUGAAAGUGCGUGCAGCCGAACAAUUUGGCUGCAUUGGCGCUUUGGUAUAUUCCGAUCCUAUCGAUGAUGGUCCAUUGAACAAGGAUGGCUACCCUCACGAGAACCCGAGUGAAUCUUAUCCCGAGGGCCCAUGGCGUUCGCCCAGCUCGGCUCAGCGUGGAUCGGUGCUGUAUCUUUCAUUGGCAUCGGGUGAUCCAUUGACUCCCGGCUACGCUGCCACCGAGAAUGCCACCCGUAUUAAACCUGAAGACGCUGUGGGUUUGGCCAAAAUUCCUUCAUUGCCUCUUUCUUGGGAAGACGCGCUUCCUUUACUCAAGGCCACCCAGAAUCGUGGUAUUCGCAAGUCGGAAGAUUGGAGUGGCGGCCUGACCGAAGUCGAUUAUUACAGUGGUCCCACCGAAGGCAACGUGGUGCUUGUCAAUGAAGUAGAGAACAAAGUGACCCCCAUCUGGAAUGUCAUAGCACGCAUUGAAGGUACUGAAGAAGCCGAUCGCGCCAUUAUUCUUGGUAACCAUCGUGAUGCGUGGGUGUAUGGUGCUGUGGAUCCUUCGUCGGGCUCGGCGUCCAUGAUGGAAGUCGCCCGUUUGCUCGGUUCUCUUUACAAAGAAGGGUGGCGCCCUCGUCGUACCAUUAUUCUGGCCUCUUGGGAUGGUGAAGAGUAUGGUUUAAUUGGAUCCACAGAAUGGGCCGAAGAUCACAGUGAAUGGUUAAGCAAAGAAGCCGCCGUAUAUAUCAAUGUGGAUGUGGCUGUCUCCGGUAGUCACUUCACCGCUUCCGCUUCGCCUUCACUCAACCGUCUGCUGUACGAAGUGACGCAAGGCAUCCCCGAUCCUCGCACCGGCAAGUCGCUGUAUGAAGCGUGGGGCGAGUUUUCCAACCGAACUCAGCAUCUCAGUCCCAAACCACUCAUCGGUCAACUCGGUUCCGGUUCCGACUUUGUGGCCUUCUUGGACCAUUUGGGCAUUGCUAGUAUCGAUAUGGGCUUCUCAGGCGAUUAUGGUGUUUAUCACAGCAAUUAUGACAGUUUCCACUGGAUGGAAAAGUUUGGCGAUCCAGGAUUUGACUACCAUCAGACCAUGGCCAAGAUUAUGAGCACAUUGGCAGUCCGAUUGGCCGAUGAUCUUAUCUUACCGAUGCAUCCCAUGGAUUACGCGGUGGAAGUCAGAAAAUACAUUGAUGGUUUAGGAAUCUAUGCCUCACCUCACACCUUCCCUCUGUUGGAAGAAGCCGCCGACAAGUUGGCCAAGCGAGCCGGUCGUUUUGAGCAACGUUUAAGUGCCUUGAUGCACAAUGUACAAGACUAUGGCAACCACGAAGAUCUGCCCAGUGUGUUGGCCAAACGCGUGAACAAGGCCAACCAGCGAUUAAUGUACUUUGAACGCGGUUUCCUCGACUCUGAGGGAUUGCCCGGCCGUGAAUGGUUCAAGCAUGUGGUAUAUGCUCCAGGUUUAUGGACCGGCUACUCAUCCCAGGUCUUUCCUGCCAUUGUCGAAGCCGUGGACGCUCGUGAUUUUGAAGCCAUGCGCCGCGUUGAAGCAAGAGCGGGUGAUUGCAUCGUUCAAGCCUCCGAACGCUUGAGAGCUCACUAAUCAGACCCCCUGAUGAAUAGUAAUAAUAAACAUGUUUCAUUUCGCAGUACUUCUAGUGCUAUAUUAUAAAGCCAAAUCUUAUUGGAGAAAGAUGCCGCGGACGUUUGAUUGCCCACAGGGCCUUCUUUUUUUCUCUUCCAUUCUCUCUGAAUGAUUUUUAAUGUUAACACUGG